CGGAUUUAUAGGAUCAUACAAACGCACCCGAUCAGUGGCGUAGCCAAGGGUCCGAGUCCAUAGGAUCUAAACCCUUCUCGAAAUGGGAUGCUGUGAAUGAGUGUAUUAUUGCUACUUCUAUCACUUUUAAAUAUGGCUCAAGCGUUGAUGGAUCUCAAGUUGCAUUUGAUGACAUGGAAUGUAGUUGGAAGACCGCCGAUAGAAGAUUUAAGGAUUGCCUUAGGAUUAGAAGAACCAGUUGAUCUUUCUCAUCUACCCGAUAUUUAUGGACUUGGGCUGCAAGAAGUUAGUUGUAAACCUCAAGAUCUCAUUGCAGAAAUAAUUAUAGAAGAUCCUUGGGAUGUUGGUUUUAGGGAAAUAUUAAGCAAAUAUGAAUAUGUAAAGCUAAAGCAAAUUCGACUCCAAGGAAUGGUCUUGUACUUAUUUUGUAAAAGAGAACAUGUCACUCAUUUACGAGGAAUACAAACUUGUUAUACACGGACUGGAUUAGGCGGUAUGUGGGGAAAUAAAGGUGGUGUCAGCAUUAGAUUUUCUGCCUAUGGAUGUUCAAUCUGUAUUGUAAAUUCACAUCUAGCAGCUCAUGAUGCUGAGAUUAAACAAAGAAUUGAAGACUAUAAUUCUGUACUUGAUCAUCAGAAGUUUGUUGAUCCUUUGACUGAAAAUAUUAUUACGCAUGACUACACAUUUUGGAUUGGAGAUCUUAAUUUUCGCAUUGAUGAUUUUACUUCUGAUGAAAUUGAACAUUUGAUACAGAAAAAAAGCCUUUCACAAUUGUUGGCAAAAGAUCAGUUGCGUAAAGUCAUGAAGCUUGGUCAAGCCUUUUCAGAAUUCACAGAGACCCCUCCUGCUUUUUUGCCAACUUUUAAAUUUUUCAUUGACCGAGAUGAAUACGACAGAACGAAAAGAAAGCCUGCUUGGACGGACAGAAUUUUAUUUCGUUAUACUUCAAACGCAUAUGAAAAUGUUACCCUUAGUCUAAAGCAACUGCAUUACGAGAGCCAUCCUGUUUAUGUUCAAAGUGACCACAAACCAGUUUCAUCAAGUUUUUCUUUAAAAGUAUUUUCUCAACCAUCAGAAAAGAGAGUGAACUUUCUCCCUAUUAAUGACUGGAAAGUGAAUGCUGACAGUGUUGCUUGGUAUACUUUUAGUGAAGGAGCAGAACCUAACACGUGGGAUUGGAUUGGCCUGUUUAGAGCAGACUUCACCUCUACAGAAGAAUAUGUGUGUUACAUUUGGGCACCAGUGCGCCCUUCUAGUAGCAAUCCUGUUCUGGCAUCUGAAGCCUUUGCUCAAGAAAAUCACACCGAUGGCAUUGAUACUUGUCCAUCUCCUUCAAGAGCUCACCAGGGACCAUGGUAUCGUGUAGUUUUUGCAGAUCAGACUUUACUCAUUCCCGGACGAUAUCGUCUAUUUUACAUUAGUUCGGAAUUUGAUGAUAUUUUAGGUAUCAGCGAACCGUUUGAAGUAAGUUGAAAUUUACAAGCUCUGCACACUAUCCUAAUUCUUCCAUCUCGCUCUUUGCUGCUGCUUUUCACUAC